AUGGGGCCCCUUAACAAGAUCAUAUUCAGCAAGAGCAAUGGGCACUUGCAGAAGACUGCACCAGAACAACCCAGUGGCACGCCGACCGAUCCAACUUCUAGUAGUACUGCUAGUGUCAUCGAUCAGAUGCAAGGGGAAAAUAUUGAAGGCAGCGCGGGGACGACGCAUCCUGCAUGCGCUGCAUGCAAGCAUCAAAGAAAGAAGUGCACCGAGGAAUGCGUAUUGGCACCCUAUUUUACAGCGGAUAGAAGCAGAGAAUUUCAAGCCGUUCACAAGGUUUUCGGCGUCAGCAACGUGACAAAGAUUAUGAAAAGUCUGAGUGAGAAAGACAGGAAAAUAGCGGUGGAUUCCUUGAUAUGGGAAGCUUCGUGUAGGCAGAAAGAUCCGAUCUUGGGUUCUUAUGGAGAGUAUAGAAAGGUUUAUGAUGAGCUUAAGCUGUGCAAAAGGCAAAACCAAAAUCAAAUGAUGCAAUUAUCAAGGCAAUGGGGUACUACAGGGUACAAAGCGGCACCGGUAUUGAAUAUUGGAUGGAGUGCUGGGAGUAAUGGCAUAAAUAAUAAGGGACUGAAUAUUGGUGGAAUUAUGGGAAACUCGUUGAGUUGCAUUCAUGAUAAUGAUCAGAACGGCAUCGUUGAUCAUUCUAAUCCGUAUUCUUAUACAGCUUUAAAUUAUGAAGAUAGAGCAAAUCAAGAAAAUCAUGGUGGCCGUGGUGUUCCAUUAAUGCAGCAGAACUCGAUCGAUGGACUAAUUAACCAACAAUACUAUGUUCCAGAAGAGUACCAGGAGGCUAAUGCAAAGUUGGAAGGAAGGCAAUUGAGGUGUGAAGUGAGGAGGGAAAGAAGAUGGCAAAGGCCUAUGGGGAAUAUACACAAGCUUAACUUUGAUGCAGUUGUCGACUUGAAGAACAAGAGAACUGGCAUGGGAAAGACCAUGUGGUUUCUCCUUAUUGCUGAGUGUCUUGCCUUGCAAAGGUCUAUUGAGCUUUGCUUAGAGAUGGGUUUCUGGACUGUCAUGUUGGAAGGGGAUGCAAAAGGAGUGAUAGAGGUAGUGCUCUCGGAGGAGUUGGAUGAAUCUGAACAUGGUCAACUGAUUGAGAAUACAAAGAGGCUACUAGCACAAGGAAUAUUACAUUAG